UUAUCGAAAUAGCCGUCACAUCUGGCAACUAUCUGAAACGCCCGCACUUGCAAUUGUUUUCUUUUUCCUAAUAAUUGCAAGCAAACAAUAUUUCACAAUGAACAAGGACAACUCCAGCAUGAAAAUGGAUCCGCAGCUAGCCCUGCGCCUCCUGGCCGAUGGCGGAGUGCUGGUCAUCGCCGGUGUACCCGAGGGCACGGAAUUCGGCAUUGAUCUAUGUGCCUACACCAUUGGUCCGGAUUUCCGAGGCGUCAAGAUGAUUCCACCCGGAGUCCACUACGUAUGGUGCUCCUCCCGCGGUCCCUACGGCGAUGCAGCCCCACGUGUUGGAUUCGUGCACUUCUUUCAUCCGAAUGAGAUUGUCGUACGAGAGUGGGACCACGAACUGGAGGAACUGCGCCCGCGGAGGAUUGCCGAACCGGAAGUGGAGCGAGACCGAAUCCGCAAAAACCUAGCCCAACUGGAGCGCAUGCUGGCGCCGUACGACUAUCGUUACGUGGUCCAGUGGAAGGAACUCACCGGCAGCGUGACGGAGUCUUGCGUGGAUCGCUGCCGUCCGACAGAAGGAACAAUCCGUACGAACAUCGAACUGCAAUCCUGCCCGGACGCAGAUCGGCCGCGAGGAGGAGCUGCUACUGGCAGCAUAAGCCGCCGGAAUGCUGCAGCUCGGCUGCUCUUAGAUGAGAGCGAACUCUUACCGGACCUUAAGCCCGUGGAAGGAACAGCUCCGCGCUUCACUACCGUACCCCUGCGUGUUCCACAAGAUGCCCUGCCCGCUGAUGUUUCCCGCCACGCCUUGGACUGCAUCGAUGCUAUUGACAAACUGCUCGAUGGAUUUGAAACGGCCGACGGACUCAUUGAGGAACUGCAGCUGGCCUACGCAUUUUUCCUAGUGGGCUACUCGGUGGAGUCUCUGGCCCACUGGCGCAAGCUUCUGGGCUUGCUGGCUCACUCGCAAACGGGGGUCACUAAGCACAAGUUAACGUACAUGAAAUACAGCGAGGUUUUGGCCCACCAGCUGCCUCAUCUGCCCGAAGAGCUGAUGGUGCCUGGUCCGCAUAACACCGUCUACAAAGAUGUACGCGAACUGCUGGUCAAUCUGCAUGCGGGCGGCUUAAGUGUCAGCGCUGAGCGGCUGAGCAAGCGGCUGGAGAAAAAGUUGGGAUGGGAAUUCGAGGGCCUGCUAGACGAGGAUCCCGAGGACCAGCCCGUAGUCAUCGAACUUCCGGAGGCCUAGGAGAAGAGCGCUACGCAUGUGAAGUCGAGUGCUGGGUGCGCAAGUAAUUCCACAGAUCCCGAGCCGUGCGGAUGCUGACCAUGAAUUGGCACAACUUGGUCUCGAUCAGACAGAGAAUCAAGAACUUGGCUCGCUUGUCCUUCAGCAGGGACUGCAAGGAGUAUGGCAUGGGCAUGGGUUUUCUGUAGCCAUAAGCGGCGCCGCCAUCACUCACCUCCUCGUUGUUCUCGGGACCAUUCUCCACCACCGUCCAGAGUUCCUCCGACUCCAGAUACGCCCGCACCGUCAUCGACCAGGCCUUGUAGUUGUCCAAACCUUUGAGCUUCUCAAUUUGCAGCUGCAGUGCCAUAUCUCCGAGACUCGAGCAACGUUUCGCAACUAAACCGCAUUCGGGCCCUUUGCUGUUUCUUCACCUUCGCCUCUUCCAGCUGUUGUCCAGAUUUUCAAAUAUAGAUAUCUGAGUAUUUGUAUCUGUAUGCACACGGCUUUUCCAUUGUGCACAUCAGCAAGCUGAGAACAAUGGCCACUAGACCCACUUUUCGUGUUGCUUCUGGCCCAGCUCUGCAUUCAGCUUAAGUGGACACUUCUGAUUUGACGCAGAAGCGUUGUCGCUUUAUGUGCCUGCCUGCUCGAAUUUUCCGAUGACCAGAGAAUUUAGUUUGGCAUAUAUCUGUUCUGAGCAGCAGCAGUGCGCUUUCUAGGCUCGCAACUUUUGGAUGCAUCGAUCCUUGACAGGUACGAAUCUUAAUUAUCUUUGGACUGAAUGUGUGAUAAAUCUCGAUUCGAUGCUAUGCUUGAUUAGCAAAUGAUAAUGAUAGAAGAAAAUGUCAUUGCAAAUCUUUAUUGAAAACUUCAGUUAAAAACUAGGAUAUCUAAUGGUAAUUUCUCUAUUAUGCUGAAUGCGUCAAAUCAAGAAAGAUGCACGAUUGAAAGGAACACUUAAAAUAAAUCCGACAAAAUGUAAAACAAACUAGUUUUAUUGUUAUUAAUGGGCGACUUCGCAAAAAACUAAUAAACUAAUAGAGAAACUGCGUGUUGAUAGGGAAACCUUCGUUUCUUUUCUACAUUUUCAAUCUUUCUAUGAUUGACUGUGACCAUUUAAACAAGCCCAUAAAAACACGAGCCCCAAACUCAAUAAACAAUAAAUUGUGAUGCCCAAUUGUUGUUUUGUUUUUAUGAUUUUUAUUUGAAAUGAAUACGAAUGUCAGUUUUAGCUGCUGGUUUCUUGUAUUGCUGUUGUUGUUACGUUCAAGAAUGUGGCUGUUGUUGUUGUUGCUGCCGCGGCUGAUUUAUGCUUAAUUAACUUUCUGCACGGGCCUUUUCUAUUCAGCGACUGCAAAAUAUUAGUCUGCCUUCUUUCCUCAUUUAUUAAUAUUUAAAAAAAACCAAAAGCGAAAAACAAAGACCAUGCGAAAGAGCAGCGAAUAAGCUCGUGCGAAAAGUCUCCAGUAGCUGCUGCUCAGCUAGCUCAUCAUUCUAUUUUCCUUCGCUAAUCACGCAAACACGCUACAGAUAACACUGUCGAUGAUGAUGGUGUUGUUCUUGUGGAGAAUCUGUGGGUUUGUUUACUUGACUUUGGGCUAAAUCAAUGUGGUUUUGGACUGUCUGGUCUGUCGGGGAGUUUUGGAAUCGGAAUCUCUGGAGAGAUGGUUAGUUGGGUGGUGGGGCGAAAAGUUCGAAAUCUCUACAAAUUACAUAAGUGGUAGGCAUAGAAAAUAUACAAGUAUAUAUGUAUACAAUAUAUAUAUAUAUAUAUAUACGUAUAUAUAUGUACCGUUGUUUUGUUUUGUAUUCUUUUUGUUUCUUGUAUUUAGCAACUACAAAUACUUUUCUAUAUUAUUAAUAUGUUUCUUUGUUGCGCAAGGUAAGAGAUGAUGAAGAAAAUUGGUUGCGAUUGCGAUGGAGAACUCAAAACGAAAGGCGAAAAACAGAAAUCCACCAAAUUCCCGUUCGAUUGUUCGGUUUCGUUUCAUUUGAUUUGACCAUGCAUGGGUGUGUGAGUGUGAAUAUGAGUGCGAGUGUGAGAGAGCAAGGAAACGCUAAGAGAAAACAAACGGCUCGUAUGCGUAAUAUGGGUGUCUGUGUGGGUGGUGGGUGUGUGUUUGUCUGCGUGUGUGUGUGAGUCUGUGCGGGUGUGUCGGUGUUAUUGAACAGUACACUUACAUACAUACAAAUUUAAGCUUAAGAAUUCGUUUUGAAUUUCGCUUAACUAACAUUCCUUUUUCUCAUUUAAUAUAGUUUUUAGCUUUUGCGUCUUUCAUUCUGUUUGCUCAUUUCGUUUCGUUUACUCCAUUUACGUUUUAUUCAUGUAUUAAAUUUAAAUUAAUUGCUGUAUUUUUUCCUUACAUUUUCGACUUUGUUUUACUUUUACGUUUGCGCUUAUUAAAUGGUUUUUCGUUUUUAUUACCUCGUUCUCACGUUUAUUAUUGGCUUAAAAUUAAAGUUGUAUUUUACGUGUUGCUGUCGUAUUUAAAGUUUGUUUUAAAAAUUAAUGCAUGCCAACUCGAUGAAAUUUGCUUUGUGAUUUACUCGUGUGAUUGUUACUCAAUUUUCGUUUAGUGUUUCGACUUUCGUUCUUUUCCUGCUUGUGUUGUUUUAAUGUGUUUUGUGGUUUAAAUGAAUUUUAUUUGUUUCGUUUUUGCUUCUCAUAAUUAAAUAUAAUAUUUAUUCAAAUAUAAUAAAAUGCUUGGUUUCUCGAAUGCAAAAAAUUCAAAUGUAGUAGACUUGAUGUUGCAGUUUUCUAACGUUAAGGAGCCAAUUUGCAAAGCGACGCCAACUUAAUAGUACCGCGAAUUUUUUAUGUUGCGAUUCGAUUCUGGGCCGCAGCAACAGCCGCGCCACGCCCACCAGGCCGCCCAAUUUUCAAACAUUUUGCUUGGUUUGUUGUUUUCUUUUUUCUGUUUUUGUGCUGUUGUUUUCCAUGCUGUUUAUUGUUGAUGACAAAUUGUGGUCCUGCUGGUUUGCUUGUUGUUUUCAUGUUGCAAAUAUGUUGAUUUACAUACGGGUGCUGCUGUUGUGGUAAAUCGACUGC